AAAAUAAUGAGACGUACUUCAAUUAGUAAUAGGUGUCCCUCUGCGUGGCAACACGUUUCCAAUGGCACAGAUUUCCCUUUCCUCUUCCUCUUCUUGUCCUCUAAUUCACCGGCGAAUCUUUCUUCCUUGUGCUUUUUCAAUCCAAGCUACCUCGACGACUUCAAAUUCGCAGCCGCCGAAAGUCGUCGUCACCAGAGAGCGCGGCAAGAAUGCCAAACUCAUCACCUCUCUGGCGAAGCAGGGAAUCAGCUGUUUGGAGCUUCCCCUCAUCCAGCAUACACGCGAGCCUGAUCGAGAUAGGCUUUCUACUGUAUUGACUGAUACUGCGUUUGACUGGAUUGUCAUAACUUCCCCUGAAGCUGGUUCAGUCUUUUUGGAGUCAUGGAAGGCUGCCGGAACUCCAACUGUUAAGGUUGGUGUCGUCGGGGCUGGUACAGCAAGUGUCUUUGAGCAAGUACUGCAGUCAUCAAAGAACUCCCUCAGUCUUGCCUUUGUGCCAUCAAAAGCAACAGGCAAGGUUUUGGCUUCAGAGCUCCCUAAGAAUAGGAAAGACAAAUGCACAGUCCUAUAUCCUGCUUCUGCAAAAGCUGGCAAUGAGAUUGAGGAAGGCCUGUCCAAUCGUGGAUUUGAGGUCACAAGGCUAAAUACGUACACCACGGGACCUGUUGACCACGUCGAUCAAAUGGUUUUGAAGCAGGCUCUUUCUGCCCCUGUUGUUGCAGUUGCUUCUCCUUCUGCAGUUCAUGCUUGGGUCAAUCUUAUUUCUGAGUCUGAGCAAUGGAACAAUUCGGUUGCCUGUAUUGGUGAGACAACUGCCAAGGCUGCUAGGAGAUUAGGCUUGAGAAAUGUUUACUAUCCAGUGCAACCAGGUCUUGAAGGAUGGGUGGAUAGCAUUGUUGAAGCAUUGGGAGCAAAUGUCCAUUUGUAGAGAAGAGCAGUCUGUCCAGUUUUCUUGGCGGCAGGGGCAGACUGAUGAAGAGGUAACUGGUGCACAGUUGAGGGAGCACGAACAAACACAUGAAAUGUGAAAUUUCACAGCUUCAGCACAAACUAGAUGCAAAACAAGGACAAAAUAUUUUCAAGCUGCAGGACAGAAAGAUGUGGAGAUAUGUGACACCCAGAAUCUCGGAUCAUCUUCAUUCGGCAGAGCUUUCUUUGACGUUUGUGAAGUCACUGUAUUGAGAUCAUAUUUAGAAAGAAGGCCUACUCUUAUUUGUAUGUAUAUUUCUUUUAACAUUACCAUGUUGACCUUAACAUCAAUUUUGCUAUCCUGUUUGGUGAACUGGCUACAUGUAAAAUUUCUUUGUUAGAUAAAAGGAAGAAUUUCUUCUUUCUAGCGUUGUACAUUUAAUGAUCAUAAUGGAAGCUUGCUUUACUUUCAA